GGAGGUUUUUUGGGGGUCCCGGGAGGUUUUGGGGGGCUCGGGGAGGGUCCCCAGGAGCAGCCAUGAACCGGGAGGAGCUCACGUACCUGUCCGUGCUGCUGGGCUCCAUCCCCGUGGGCUUCGUGCUCAAGGAUCGCGGCCCCCGCUGCCGGCAGCUCGGGGGGGCGGCGCUGGGGGCGGGGCUGGCUCUGCUCACCUGCGGCCCCCACGUGCUGCACUCGCUGGGCACCGUGCUGGGCACCUGGGCCAUCCUCGGCCUCCUGCCCAGGUACUGUGGGGGUGCCACCCUGGCCUGGGCCUUCGGGUACCUCCUGUUCUUCAGAACCCCCUGGGUCUGGGGGCUGCCUGAGCCCCCUCCCUACGCCAAUGCCCUGCAGCUCCUCAUCACCCUCAAGAUGGUCAGCCUGGCCUGUGACGCGCAAGAGCUGCGGGAGGCGGGGCUAAAGGGGGUGACGUCAGAGGAGACGCGGCUGAUGAUUGGCUCGCUGCGGCGCGUGCCCAGUUUGAUUGACAUCCUGUGCUACAGCUACUGUUACCUGGGGCUGCUGACAGGUCCCUUUUACCGCCUGGGCACUCACCUGGACUGGGUGUGGGGUCCCCCCGCGCCGCCCGCGCUGCGCCGGCUCCUGUCCCACGUGCGCUGGGCGCCGCUGCUGGGAGCGCUGGGGGUGCUGGUGAGCCGGGCCUGGCCCGCCCAGGCCGUGCUGGAGCCGCAGUUCCUGGCCCGGCCCUGGCUGGCCAGGCUGGCUCACAUGGUGCCCGUGUUCCUGGCCCUGCGCCUGCGCCUCUACGUGGGAUGGCUCUGCGCCGAGGGCGGCUGCGUGGCCGCGGGGCUGGGGGCGUACCCCAGAUCUGCCAGGGCCAGGCCAGGGCAGGGACCCACAGUGCAGUGGGAGCGCCCCAAAACGUGUGCUGAGCUGCCCCCAGAGCUCUGGGAUUUCGAGUCCAUCCGCACCGUGGAUCCCUGGGGCACCGAGGUCGGCCGGCGCUUCCGGGGGGGGCUGAGGCGCUGGAACAUGACGGUGCAGUGGUGGCUGGCGGCCUACGUGCACCGCAGGGGGCCCCGCCACUACCCCCUGCUCAGGAACGCCUGGACCAUGCUGGCCUCAGCUUACUGGCACGGCCUGCACGGGGGGCAGCACUUGGCCUUCCUCACCGUGCCGCUCUGGCUGGCGGCCGAGGCGGCGGCCGAGGCGGCUCUGGGCCGACAUUUCGGCGUUCCCCUGGAGCAGCUGGGAGGAUGGAAAGGCUCCUUGCUGAGGGGAGGGCAGUGGUUCCUCAAGAUGAGGGCGUUCGAGUACCUGAGCAUGGGGUUUGUGUUGAGAGAAGCGGCGGCCACGCUGCGCUUCUGGGCCUCGGUGCAUUUCUGCCUCCAUCUUGUGCCGCUCCUCAUCCUCAUGGCGGCCGCCGCCUCAGGGAAAAUGGCGGCCGAAGGGCGGGAAAAAGGGCGGGAAAAGGGGCGGGGAAAAGGGCGGGAAAAGGAGCGUGAGGGAGAGGAGGAGGAGGGGGGGGAGGAAGGGGGAGCGGGGGAUGCGCAGAUUGACUCAAAUACAUCUAAAAUGGAGCCGAAUAUCAAAAAUGGAUCCAAAUUCGCCUUAACUGACCUGAUCCUGCAGGAUGCCCGAGGCCCUGAGGUGAAUCUUUUGAGGAAAAUGGCGCAAAUCCUGGAAUGA